AUGUGUGGCGGCGAUAAGCCAUCGGUAUCAUCCCACGUGGACGUCCGCGUCGCUGCUUCUCCCGAGGAGCCUCUCCGAUCGGUCUUCAACCGCCUGUUCCACUCGCAUCUGCCCGACUGCUGCCUGCCGUGCGAUGCACGCCAGGCACCGCGGGGAACCGAGGAGUUUUCGUGCGAAGCAGCGCGCUCGCAGCAGGGAGACAACGAUGGCGUGAAAGCCGGUGAGGAAACUGACUCGGUGCGUGGGACGCAGCCGGUACGGUUCAUGGUGCUAGCCGUCACAAGGCCACGUGGGAUCGACUACAGCAAGUGGGACCACGUGUGCUCCAGCAGCGACGAGGACGAGGAGGAGAAGGCGGACAAGCAUACGGGGCCGCCGAACCGAUACACGUCAGGGAGCGGCGCAGGAAGCAGCUUAAAGCCGCCGAACAGAGACACGGCAGGGAGCAGCGCCGGAACAAAGGCAAAGCCCCCGAAUCGUGUGGGGACCUAUGGGGCCGGCCUUUCGGCACUCAAGGAGGUGAUUUGGCAUGCGAAUCAGGAGGCGAUGACACGAUACGGCUUCCCAGAGCUGUCUGUCGGAGUCUACAAGGCCUCUGCUGCAGAAGCCAGGGGUUCGGGGAGAGUGGGAGGACAGGGAGUACCGGGGAAGCUUGAGCUGGUGAGUCGGGAGGACAUGGUUCACUACCUGGACGUGAGGGGCGGGUGGGAUCUGAAGGAGUGCGAUUGCUGCUUCGACCGUGCGCUGAGCCUGGGAGCAGAGCGUGCUGUCACCAUGGAGAGCCUCGCAUUCGUGCGAUCCCUCCUGCACAAGCGGUUGCCGGACGCCACUCCCUUUGCGCCACCUUCCAGUGGAGUGGAGGAGAGUGUGCUAGAGUACUCCGCAGGGGUGCAGGCGUUUGGGAGACAAGGGGAGCUGGGAUCGCCCCAUGUGCAGUUCACCUGCAAAUAUGCUCUCGCGCCAUUUGUCUGUGCGGAAGCAAUGAUUCUCGAGUGGAUGGCUGAGCCUCGUGUGGGCGUGCUCAUGGACCUGGGGAGGAUCAGAUCCCGCCUGCCUGCCAUUCUUUCUAAAGAAAGUUUAGUUGGGGAUUCCCCUUCUGCGUCUGCUGCUUCUGCAUCUGCUGCUGCUGCUGCUGCUGCUGCUGCUGCUGCUGCUGCUGCUGCUGCUGCUGCUGCUGCUGCUGCUACUUUUGCCUGCUGCUGGCGUUGCAGCAGCUGCUGGGCUGCCUAUCACCGUGCUGUCAGCUUCGCUGCCUUCCUCGCCCUUGUAGCGAGGUGGCCUCGGAUCGACACCAUAUGGAAGGCUCACUUGGAUGAAUACGAUACCGUCUACCCGGUGCUAGCACGCCAGCUGGGGGCGGGCAGGCACGGGCAGGAGGACGGUGUUGCUUCCAUGCUGGUGCCAGUGCUGGGGGUGAAGGAGAGUGCCGAUUUGAAGGAAGGUUUUGGGUUCUUCGUGCAACAUUUGCUGUCAGGCGGGCUGGAGAAGGCGCAUGCAGUGGGGAGGGGGGAAGGGGGAGCUGGGGAAAAUACUUCUGGGAAGGCGGAGGGGACGGGGAGUGGGGGAGCUGGGAAGAGUGUGGGGCUGAUGGGACGGACGGGGCAAACGGGGAAGGCGGGGCAAGCCAUGGGUGCUGUGAUGCGGAUGUUUGAGAUUGGGGAUUUCAAGGGGCCGGAGGACUGGAUGCAGGUGCUGGAUGAGUACGGAGUGAACCUGGCAGAUGUGGCCGACCUGGGGGCCAUGCUAGGCGGUGAAGGUCCGCGGGCCAUGGGCAUGGCUCAGCAUCUUGCCCUGCAGGGAAAGGAAUGGGUGAGUAGGAAGGAAGGUGGGGGUGGAAAGGAAGGGGUGGGUGGAAAGGAAGGGGUGGGUGGAAAGGAAGGGGUGGGUGGAAAGGAAGGGGUGGGUGGAAAGGAAGGGGUGGGUGGUGGUGAUUUGAAGGGUGAGAAGUGGAGGGAGAAUCUGAAGGGGCGUGUGUGGGAGAGACCAGAGCAUCGCAAGCAGGGAGCAAUGUUCUUUGCGGCGUCUCAGAGAGCAACCAGCAGCAACAAUGUGCAGGAUGCAGCCAUUGAGGAGGCCAGGGAGAGGCUUAGAAGGCGGAAACUGACAAAUGGGAAGCCAGGGAAAGGGGAUAACGAGGGAGGGGAAAGAGGAGGAGGAGUCGAAGCUGCAGCGUCGGCUGCACCGGCAAAAGGACGACCAGCUCCUAGUGUUGCUGCGCUCUCAGCCAGAGCUGGAUCUUCUGGUGACAGUAGUGGGUCUACUGGUAUCAGCGGGACCAGCAGCACCAGCAGCAGUGGGAUGCUCAGUCGUGGCCUCGUGCCUGUCAACACAGACCCCACUAUUGGGGUUCUCACGUAUCGGGUGGCUUGCAUCUUGAAGUGGCUUCGGAUCUACGGCUCAGAUUUCGUCUCCGCUAAGAGCUGCUUCAAGGACAGCCCACAGGGCAAGGUCCUGCCCAUGCGCCACCCACUUCGGGAUCUUUCGAGCCUGCUGGUCAGGUUCGGCGCUGUCCUCCCGCCUCUGGACGGAAGCAGCCGCCUUGCGGAGUGGGAGGAGUGCCUCGAGGGAGACGAAGCUGCUGUGACGUUUCCUGAUGAGUCCAGUGCCAGAUGCUUCGGGCUGGGCCGGAUGGAUGGUAGUCUGGGUGGCAAGAAGAACAAAGGGCAUGUGGCAACGCAGCAGGGGAAACACCCGGAAGCUCCCACCAAAGAAGCGCCUCCGUUUCCGAGCGAGUGCUAUCCCAUCGUGCGUUGCAAGGCAGAUGUGGAUUUUAUAGUAGAGUUUGCCGGUAUGCUUCUGGAGGCGCCGGCAUGCGGCCAGUGCAGCAGAUGCCUCAUCAGGUUCCUUUCCCACGUCCCCUUUGUCACCCUCGUUGCCAACUUCGCCUACCGACCCACCGCCGCUCUUCUCGAUUGCUUCCUCUCCGUCUUCCCACCGCACACUGAGAUGUUCUGCACCCUUCUCACCUGCCUGGGCAUGGACGUUCCGCCCAAAGGGAGCCCCCCUUCUGUCACACAAAGCAGCGUGGUUGCGUUGCUGGAACGGGUGGAUCUGCUGCCCAUCUCCUUCCUGCUCAACGUCGCGUUUAUUUGCCCUACUCCUCUCCUGAAGCAGAUUGGGAGUGAGGGGGAGCAUUCAAGCGCUAGAGGGGAAAGCAACGGGGCGAAAGGGAAGGCAGGUGGGAAAAGGGCGGGGAAAAGGCCCGGGGAGGUCAGUAAGGCCGGGGAGCACAGCGACGGUGGGGGUGGUGAAGGAGAUUCCAGGGUUGUGUGGGAGGAGGUACAGUCGUGGUUCAUGUCAUUAAACUUUCUGGUUGAUGGUGUGGGGGAGGGCGGGGCGGGCUGCAGUGGCAGCCAGUCAAGAGAGGAGGAUAUGAGUGCACGCUUGAAGGAGGUAACUGAGAUGUACCAGUGUGCAAUGCAGCCCAGGUUCUGUGAGGACAAGAAGCGGUGGAGUGAAGGAGCCCUCAACACUCGUGGCAGCAGCAGCAGCUCUAGCAAGGGGAAGGGGGAAAGGGGGAAGGAGGCAGCAUAUCUGAAGGCAUGGCCGGGGGGAGUCAAUCUGGUGGCAUGCCUGCGAGAGAUGCUGCUGGGGGAGCCGUGCUACCGCCCUGCCUCUCUUGCUGCCUCUUCCACCCCUGCUGCACCGUCGGCUGCUGCUUUAGGAGACUCUCCCACCGCAACACAUUCAUCGGUUGCUGCAAGUACUGUCGCUGCACCAAGCGCUGCUGCAGCAGCCGUUUUGAAAGCAAAACCCACUUUAAAUGCGGAAGGCUCUGGUCCUGUGCAUAGGGGGGGGCGUGUGUGCGGUGCUGAGGGCUGUGGGAGGGUGGAGGGUGGCGGUGUGAAGCUGAGGAGCUGUGGCGGGUGUGGCAAGGUGGCGUAUUGCAGCAGAGUGUGCCAAAAGGCGCACUGGCCCUCCCACAAGCUCACAUGCCCCGGCAGGACCAGCGGGAAGAAGAGUGGGACGACCAGUGGCAAGGUCAGUGGGAAUGUGAGUGGCAAAUGA